AUGGAGAAGCUCCGCCGAGAAGCGAAGAGUGUCAACAGGGGUCCCGCUCUGCGCAGCCGCGUGAAGAUCAAGAGCGAGGCGGGGGAAGCGUGGGGUCUCUCCCCGCGCGGCUGGGGAGAGGUGCAGUCGGCACUCCGCGCGGCAGAAACGUCGCCAUCUGGCCCGGAGCCUGGCCAAUUGAAUUCUGAAGAGCGGGGUAACCCGGGGCUUGGCGGCGACCGCGGAACGGCCGCCUCGCCGCUGCAGUUGGCAGAUACUCCCGCAAGGUCGGCGGGCGCAGCUGAGCUGCAUCAUUCGCAACAGGGGCGGUGGGGGGCUCUGUGGUCACAGACACAUGAAUAUGAGCCGCUGCCCCCCCCGCUUGAUCCUCCCGCACUGCAUCCGCCACCAUAUUCCCCGCGCGGUCAGCCGUGGAGCCUUGGCCGCGACUACCCCCGCGCGCAGAACCAUUCCUCCGCCCACGACGUCCGCCAGAGCCAGCCGACUGAGGACGGGGCGGGGAGGGCUCCCUGCGACGAGAUUACCAACGGCCCGCGUGAGCCCCGCGGCCCCGACACGGAGGUGACGGCCGCGGCGACCGCUGAUGGGGGGACCGCUGCCGCGGGGAGCGUUUUUCCGGCGACCUCUGAGGAGAGCGGUAGCGGCGGUCGCGGCGCUGAAGUUCCCGCUGAUAAUCCUCCCACCGCCGCCGCGACUCAUGCGGCUCAGGGGCGCGAUACGCAGGGGACGCGGGUCGAGAUCCUCGACGCUGCGGGGACCGACCCCGCUCCUGACGCGCCGGCUCGGCAUUCGACGCGACGAGUAAGGGAGCGCGGGAUUGCUCGGGAGACGCGUGACGAUCCCCCCCGCGCAGCGGAAGAGACAACCCGCGCUCGAGACGGCGCACGGGCGCCGACGCAGCAGGACGGGCUUGCAAUUGGGGACGCGGAGGCGCAGGCUCUGGGUUCGGCUGCGCAACGAGCUGAGCGCUCUCCGCGGGGAGCGGCACUCCUGGCGGACGGCGCGGAAGCGGGAGAGGACGACGAGGAGAAGGAACAGGCAGGGGAGGUGGCCGACGUACAGGCGCGAGCAGCUAUGCGAGGACGGCAGAAAGAUUACUCAGGGAGAGCGUAG